GUUUCACGGAAAAGUUACUUUAUUAAUGGUGACGUCAUCUAUGCGUCUGAACCAAUCAGAAUGCGUGCGAAAUUUAGCUCACUACAUAAAUAACAUCCUGGUUAAUAGGAAUAGUUAUGUUGUUAGACACAAAGUGCUCUUAUCCAGAUAGACAGUUCUCCCAGUCACAAUGCUACGGAAACCGGCAGGAGCUUUGUUAAUUAAGGAUCUCUUUAUUCUCGUGCAGACUUUACCUCGGCUUUUAUUCCCCAUAGCUACAGACAAUGAAGUUUCCUGUGGAGAGGAUUAUCGCCUUGUUGUUUAUACUAAGCAUGUCAUAGACAUUAUUGAGGGUUAACUAAAUAAUGAGUACUAAUGGAAAUUACGGCAAGCUUUUCCUUACUAUUUCUUUUCGAUGCAUUUUUGAAGUAGGCUUCUGAGGUUGGCACUCAUAGUUCUGCGAAGACGACUGGAAAAUAUGUUCUUUUUAUCUUUCAGAUUAGUGCUCUCUCCAUGCAUUUGCUAAUUGAAAUAUUCACUUUAUAAAACUACAGAUUCUUGCAUAAAGCAUUUUAAAAAAAAAUUUAAAAAUUUAUCUUACUACACAUUGCCGUUUAUGUAAAAAUCUAUGGAAUUCCAAAAAUUGUGUCUUUGUCUUACUAUUGUCCAGCUAAGAGAAAUACAAUUUCACCGCGCCUGUCUUAAAAAAAAAUUAUCUUUCCUUUACUGUAUAAAUAGUUGAUAAUGUUUCCUAAGAAAGCUAACGCCAGCCUAAUCUUUAUACCUUACUUUUAAGAACUGUUGCCAUUUCCGUGCUCCCAACCCUUUCCUAAGAGCAUUCCUAAGGUCUCUAUAACUUCCUCUUCGAUUUUCGGUUACUCCAAACAAUCAAAAGAAUUAUGAAGUGUCAAUUCACUUUAUGCAAAUUGUGAUCUUUAUUGUUAGACCAAAGGACACUCCGCACCUCGUCAAAUACAGAAGUCUAUUGUUAUCAGUGUAAUGAAAAUGCAAAAUAGUCUGCUACGUGCGUUGGAAAAAAGUACUAAGGCAUAUUUGCCGCUUAUGCCGUAGCCGUAGCGACUAAAUUCCUUCGUGCCUCUUCGAGAAGGGAAGAAAUGUGUUCUACGUUCAUAAUAGUUGUCGGGAUUUUGACAGCUGCGAUCAAUUUCUGUGAAGUGUGUAGUAUCUCUAUCAAAUGCCAGGUCAAAGAUGCAACUCGUGGCGUGGAGUGGGCUGCAGUACCCGGCGCAGAGUGCAUGUUAUUAUCUAAUGCUGGGAUCUUUCUUAGAACAGCAAAAAGUCUCACUAACUCUUAUGGUGUGGCUAUAAUUGAAGAUGUUCAGCCAGGAUACUAUCAAAUUCGAACGUCUCGAAUUGGUUACUAUACGUUAAACGAAGACCUUACGAUCGCAUCCCACAUUGAAAAACACGCCAUGAUUAACCAAGAUAUGGUGAUAUCUCCGCGUCUCUCCCUCCGGGGAAGCGAUGACAUGUACCGUAUUGUCCUCACUUGGGGGCGUGUCCCCAAGGAUUUAGAUUCUUACGUCAUUACCCCAUGGCCUCGAGAAUCGGAAUGCAAAUCUGGAAUGGUUUUCUUUGAUGGCCAAAGAUGUCAACAAGGCUCCCAGACAAUCGAUCUUGACGUGGAUGCUACAGACAUGUAUGGACCGGAGACCAUAACAAUGAGAGGGUUACAGUCUGAGACAUUUGCUUACUAUGUACAUAUUUAUUCUGUGGGUGUCUGCUGGGAUAAGAUAUCAGCCAAUGUCAAGAUAUACCAGGCUUCCACAGGUGGUCUGUUGUACAAUAUUCAACAACCGGAAUGCAGUGAAGAUAGAUUUGGAUACGACAGCACCAACUGUUCCCGUUACUGGCAUGUGUUUGAUUUUGAUGCCUCCACGGCUAAAUUCAAAAUUUACCAGAACAAGCUCAUGACCAAAGCACCUGUGCUCUCCGGGAAGAAUAAUGCUGAUCCCAACUGCACUUGCUUAGUGAAGAACGACAUCUCAAGCGUAGACGUCAUCAGUUCUGCAGAAAAGAUUUCUGUUACAGCGGAGAAUCUCAUGGUUGAUAUGUUGUGUGUCAACGAGAUGAAGAACAUUUACGAUAACUCAAUGAAGAAGAACAUAAGGUUGAAUCCUUCUGAUUUGGUGGACAAGUUAGCGAUGUUUAUCAGUGGCCAGAUUGAAAUGAAGAGGCGUCUCGGAAACAAACUUAAGAAUGUGAUUGAAAAGGAAUAUGAAGAAUACAAGAGCGCUAAAAGACCAAGGAUAACCAAUCUCAAAGAAAUUGCUCCUAAACAGUGCUGCCGCUACGAUGGAAAUACGAAAUACUCUACCAAGUUUCAGAGAUGGGUUGACCAUAACUCGAGCUGCUGGUCUUGGCCAAGCGAAAUAAAAGAGAUGCCUGAUGAACUUGUUUCGGCUUACGACUGGACUAUUCCGCUGGAGAAGGAAAUGAUGGAAAAUGUGCAUUCCAAGUCGCAGAAGAAUUUUAAUCCUCGCGGUCAACACAAGUGGCAAUAUUUCGCUGACGAUGCAACAGGAUUUUUCCGUAAAUUUCCCGCCGCGUUAGUCAGCUCGUCCAAGUGUGGGACCAGAGACGAGCGGCUUCAACCAUGGUACAUUGCGGCUAUUCUACGACCAAAGAAUGUUGUCAUACUGUUUGACAUCAGCUAUUCCAUGAAAGAAGAAAACAAAAUCAUAUUCGCCAGGACCGCCAUUACGCCGAUGCUAAAGGGGUUGCUGCCAACAGAUUUUGUAAAUGUGAUCGCCUUUGCGGAGUCAGCGCUUCUCCCGGGUAUGACGCACAGCGGAGAUUCAGAUAAUACAUACAACAGCUGUUUUAACACUCAGCUCGUGCAAGCCAAUGGCCAAAAUCUUCUGGACUUGAAAAGAUUUGUUGAGGAUGUUCCUCUUGCCUCCACCAUGACGUCUAAUUAUUACAAUGCGAUUUCAAUGGCCUUAAAACUGCUCACGAACAUGAAGAACAACCGUAACACUCACUUGAUUUUUCUAGCCGGAAGUACAGACGUGUCUACAGAAGACAUCAGUGCCCUUCUUUCGGAGAGUAACACGACAAUUAGUGUUUAUACUUACAGUUUACUAGGCGGAACAUCAAAUAACAUCUCGGCGAUGGACGAACACUCUGUAAACAGACUUAAGCAAAUGGCCCGAACAACUAAUGGAAAAUAUGAAAGUAUCACAGAUUAUCGAAAGCUGGCCUUCUCUAUGGGUCGCUUUUACAGGAAUAUUCCCAGCAGUAAGAAAAGCGACGAAGGACCGAGACUGUCGUCUCCUCAGUUUGCUGAGAGAUUAGGAAUGUACGUGACACUUGGAGUUCCGUGUUACAGCAAGGACGAGUCUUUAAUUGGUGUUGUGGGAAUCGACAUAGCUUUGAGUGAGCUCCUUCAAAACACUGUGUCGUUUGGUCCCGGUGAAUUGUCGUACACCUUCGUUAUCGAAACCGAGAAUGGCCGAGCUCUGGUUCAUCCCCAACUUCCCGAACCUGAGGAAAUUCAGGAAGAGCCGGUGGUGAUAAUUAUCAGUGACCUGGAAACUAGUCCUGGCUUUUCCGAAAUCCUUGCUUCCAUGAUGAGGAGAGAAACCGGCAGCAAGACUUUAAGAUCUGAGAGGGUGUUAUCGCGGGGAGACCCGAAUUUUAAUGGUUAUCGUGGUGUGACGGCUAAUUUCACUUAUUCGUGGAAACCUGUCAACAACACAAACUUUGCUGUGUGCAUAGUUGUAGCGUCAAGCGAAUUAGACACAAAGGAAAUAGUCAGUCACAAACCGUACUCUCAGCCUGAUCUCUAUCACCGCUAUGAUUUGGUGAAAUACUUGGAUGUUGGCUCGAUUAUCGAGGACAAACCAAUCGCUUUUCUGAGCAACACGUCUUUUCCUGCGACGCUUUCUCGCUCAAAUUAUUUUCUCAGUUCCAGUUGUUUUAAUGAUCCAUACAUGUUUGAGAACAUGCCGGAAACCCUUGAGUUUGUGAAGCACCUGUCUGAUUACGUGGAUGGAGUUGUUGAUACAUCUCCAAUACCAUCACUAAAGAAAGGUGUUUUAGUGGACAUACGACUCACUAGAGAGAUAGAGAAGUGCUUCAUGUAUGCUAAUUGAUCCAAAUGGCUAUGUGGUUUACAGUAAACAGUUCAUGUCCAGUCCCAGAGCUGCUAAAGAACGCGUCCAUCUCGCCUUCAAACAUCCAGAACUGCUGUUAGACAUAAAGAAGAAAGGAAUAAUAUCCACAAGUUUAGCUUGUAAUGACUUGGAGCUUGGCCAAACUUACACCAACUACAAGAUAACUGACACACUUCCUGCUGGUAUUGUCCGAGGAAACUUGACAUGUGGUUAUUACAUCAUGGUAGCCGUACCGAACACAAAUGUGUACCUCAUUGUCCUUGAUGGGGGAGACUGCCCGGACCCCGCUAUUAAAUGCACCUCGUGUUCAAAGAAGUCGUGUGCGGAUGGUAUCACUAAAGACAUUUCCCUGUCGGCGCCAAUCUGCGUGCCUUGUCUGUGCAAUGUACCUUACAGUCCAUGUGCCCUGCACUAUUAUAAGAGUCCAAAUGCUGCAGUGGCUUGUCCUUCAAUUCGUCGAAGCCUGGGGACGACAAAAAGCGCUUGCAAGAAGCCUGAUACCGACUCCGUCUUCGUUCGCGUUCCAACACGUGACCCAAGCCUCCGUUCAACCCAGUCUCCGCACCCGAAGAACCCAUCGGGGUCUGGUAACAAGUUGAACUUUUUGUCGGUGUAUCUACGGCUUAUGUCGUUUCUUUGGCCAUUUUUCCUGCGUUGAUUAGCCAUCUUCCCCAUCCCCGAUU